AAAGUGAGACCGCCUCUCAGUGCACAACGCCCCCUACUCACGCUCCUCGUGCUUGAAAGUUCUCUUUUGAUUAUCCCCCUUCGUUGUGGCCCAAUGCCGCGUUGAGGUCUGGUAGUAGAGCGCUAACCAAAUCACUAAGUAAGGGGGAGUGUUACGGUCUACAGUGCAGAUCAUCCGCGAAGCCAAGAUGACCAAACGCAAAGGAAAAAGUACCAAUAAACAGGACGACAGUUUGCUGCUCUUGGAGACGCCAUCUGUAACACCACCGAGGGGAUUUAAAGAAUAUGCAGUCCCUGCCAUUGUUUUCUUUAUUUUCGCUGUCGGGGGAUCAACGGCAGUCUGGUUCUGCAGCCAGCAGCAGCAAACCAUCGACAGUCUAACAGAGACAGUCAAUGCAAUGCAACUUAGGAUAACCAAGUUCCAACAGCAGUUGGUAAUGGGUAAUGCACAGAUUACCAAUGUGGGUGUUUUUGAAGAGCGCCUACAAGCACUGGAAGAAGCCUACACACAGGCCCAAAAAAAGGCAGACGUUGCACUGGCCACUUCAGAAAAAAUCAAAUCUACUGAUCUUCAAAAUCAAUUCUGGUCUCUUCAGUCUGAGAUGAAUGGCAAACUUUCUGGACUCCAGCAGGAAUCUGUAUCCACUGCAACGUUGAAUGCAGUGGUCAAGAAUAAGACUGAAGAGAUUGAAACACUGAAGCAGAGGCUUAAUUCUAUCCUUACUUCGAACUCUGAGGUAGCUGUUACCAUUUCUGGGCUCACAGACACUGUGUUGGUCACCAAAUCACGUCUUGACGAGCAGAUGUCCACUACAGAGGGUCUCACAUCUGAGUUGGAGGAACAAAGAAUGGAACUUUCAAGCCUGAAGGAAUCCUUUAUCAGCAACAAGAAGGCUCUUGAAAGAAACAGACAGGAGGUGAUGGACAUCAAGGACCUCCUGGAGAUGGAACAGGCAAGAAGAUCCCAAGUUCUUGAGGAGCAGCUUAUGGCAGUCCGUAGGAGUCUGGAGGACCAUCAAAAGAGUACUCAUAGCCUUCACUCUCACCUUGCUACCCAACUUGAGAUCGUCCAGAGUCAGAUGUUAUCUGAAAGCCAGCAGUCCAGUUCAGAGGAAAAUAUUCCAGUAGAAGAGCAGCAAGUGAAGCAAGCAGCAACUCAGGAGGAAGUUCCAAUCAAGGAUGAAGAAGUUGAAACAAAGGAACAAGCCAUUACCGAGGAGGAAACGGUAGAGGAGGUUCAUGAUGAAGAACGGGAGCGAGUGGUACCUGAGGAGGACGAGCCAGCUGAGGAUGUUCAGGUUCAUGGGGAAGAACCUGUUGAAAAGCAAGCCGAUGAGAAUAAAAUUCCUGAGGAAGCUGAAGUCAAAGAAGAUGUUGCUGAAGAGCAAGCAGUAACUGAGGAGAAUGAACAAGCUGAUGAGGUUCCAUUCCACCAGGAUAUUAUUGAGGAAGCAGUAACUCAACAGGAUGAAAUGCCUGAGGAGCUACAGGUAUCUGACAAGGAAGUACCAGCUGAGGAGGUUCAGGUCCUUGGGGAAGAAGAAUCUGUUGAGAACCAAGUAGUAACUGAGGAGGAUGUGAUAACUGAGGAAGUUGAGGUCAACGAUGAAGAUGUUAUUGAGGAGCAAGCAGUAACUGAAAGGGAUGCGAUAUCUGAGGAAGUUCAGGUCAAUGAUGGAGAUGUUAUUGAAGAGCAAGUUGUAACUGAGGGGGAUGUGAUAACUGAGGAAGUUGAGGUCAACGAUGGAGAUGUUAUUGAGGAGCAAGCAGUAACUGAAGGGGAUGCGAUAUCUGAGGAAGUUCAGGUCAAUGAUGGAGAUGUUAUUGAGGAGCAAGUAGUAACUGAGGAGGAUGUGAUAACUGAGGAAGUUGAGGUCAACGAUGAAGAUGUUAUUGAGGAGCAAGCAGUAACUGAAGGGGAUGCGAUAUCUGAGGAAGUUCAGGUCAAUGAUGGAGAUGUUAUUGAGGAGCAAGUAGUAACUGAGGAGGAUGUGAUAACUGAGGAAGUUGAGGUCAACGAUGGAGAUGUUAUUGAGGAGCAAGCAGUAACUGAAGGGGAUGCGAUAUCUGAGGAAGUUCAGGUCAAUGAUGGAGAUGUUAUUGAAGAGCAAGUUGUAACUGAGGGGGAUGUGAUAACUGAGGAAGUUGAGGUCAACGAUGGAGAUGUUAUUGAGGAGCAAGCAGUAACUGAAGGGGAUGCGAUAUCUGAGGAAGUUCAGGUCAAUGAUGGAGAUGUUAUUGAAGAGCAAGUAGUAACUGAGGAGGAUGUGAUAACUGAGGAAGUUGAGGUCAACGAUGGAGAUGUUAUUGAGGAGCAAGCAGUAACUGAAGGGGAUGCAAUAUCUGAGGAAGUUCAGGUCAAUGAUGGAGAUGUUAUUGAAGAGCAAGUAGUAACUGAGGAGGAUGUGAUAACUGAGGAGGUUGAGGUCAACGAUGAAGAUGUUAUUGAGGAGCAAGCAGUAACUGAAGGGGAUGCAAUAUCUGAGGAAGUUCAGGUCAACAAUGGAUAUGUUAUUGAAGAGCGAGCAGUAACUGAGGGGGAUGAAAUAACUGAGGAGAUUCCAGACCAAGAAGAAGAAGCUGUUAUUGACAAGGAAGACCCAACUUCCAUGGAAGAAACAGGAACUGACACACGUGUGGCAGAGGCUGUUGAGAACUUCUCUGAAGAACAGGUAGUUGAAGAUAUCAGUCAGGAGCAAACGUCGCAUGAGCCACUAGAAGAAACUGAGAAGCAGAAAGACUUGGGAGAAUUUGAAGAACACGUGCAAGACUCUGAAGAAGAAGAAGAACCUGCUGAGGAGAUUGUGGAAGAGCUAGAUGAAAAAGACAUUUCUACCAAUGGAAGUUAAGUUCCUGAGAGGAUGAUGGUUCAAAAUAAAAGACUUUUUCUGAGGACUUGAAAUGAUCCCCAAUGAAUUAUGUGAUGCAUAGUAUUUCACAUUUGUUGAAAUGUUCCUCAGUCUUACUUUGUAUACCCUAAAGUGAACUUUGAACCUAGCAGUGAGUUUUUCAAAUCCAAUGAUGAAUUUGUUUUUCUAGUGAUAUCUCUUAAAAUCUUGAAGUGCUCCGUUUACACUGAAAUGUAGUAGAGUGUGUUGAUAUUGUUGUACUAGGUUACACAUUUAAAGAAUUGCAGCGUUUUUCAUACAGCAGUUUGCCAGUUAACUAACCUCAGGAGUGUCACUUGAAUAAAACAGCUUUUUAUCUUUUUUACUA